GCUUAAUUUCUCUAUUCAUACCCCAUAUAUAUCUGAUCGGUAUAUACCUUAUUGGAAACCAAACUAGCAAAAAUUUCUGAUCAUGAGAAAGCCAGAGUUGUCCAUAGAAAAAGAUGUGAAAGCAAACAAUAACAGCAAGAAUAAGAUGAUGCACAAUAAGCUUAGGAAGGGAUUGUGGUCGCCAGAAGAAGACGAGAAGUUGAUGAGGUACAUGUUGAGCAAUGGACAAGGGUGUUGGAGUGACAUUGCUAGAAACUCUGGUCUCCAAAGGUGUGGAAAGAGUUGUCGUCUUCGUUGGAUUAACUACUUGAGACCUGAUCUCAAGCGUGGUGCAUUUUCGCCUCAGGAGGAACACCUGAUCAUCCAUUUCCAUUCCAUUCUCGGCAACAAGUGGUCACAGAUUGCUGCACGUCUUCCGGGACGAACAGACAAUGAAAUCAAGAAUUUUUGGAACUCUGCAUUGAAAAAAAGGUUGAAAAAUAACAUCUCAACAUCGACAUCUUCACCGGACGAGAGCGAUCACUCGUCGGAGCCGAAUGUCAACAUUGGGGGAGCAAUCAGGCCAUUUAUCCCGGCCAUGCACAAUGAACAGGACAUGUUGAUGAGCAUGAUGUACAUAGACUCAUCAACUUCGUCAUCCUCAGCAUCCAUGCAUGUCAUCAAUAACAGCACAUUCGAACCCAGCUUCUCUGUGCUUGAUAGCUCCUCUUUACUGAACUAUGUCGACCACACAGGCUCGACACAACUACCAGAAGGGCAGUAUGGGGAUUACGGAAAUUACUUGGAGGCUGGUCAUAAAAUGGGGAUAGAAGGUGAUCAUCUCUGUCUUCCUCCUCUUGAGACUAGUAGACGAAAUUUAACAGAGAAUAAGAAUGGUCAAGUAGUUGAUAAAAUAAGCAAUAACAAUAUCAACCACUUCCAUAAUAACAACAGUAACAAUUGCUUUAUUAACACGGCGAGUAAUAUGAGCUUUAAACUAGAUGACGGUGACAUAUUUGGGCAAGCUGAAGCUGGGGGAAGCUUAAGAGUUGGAGAAGAAUGGGACUUUGAGGGUUUCAUGCAAGAUAUAUCCUGCUUUCUUUCUUAG